CAGCAUUCCCCGCGCAUGCGCAGAUCAGUCUAAUCGACGUCAUGUCCGAUAGUUCGCGAGUGUUCAGCGAGAUAAUUAUCUGUUCUUUAUCUUGUGUUUAAGUUGAUAAAUGUGAAGAUGAUUCUCACAGUAAAGCCGCUUCAAGGGAAAGAGUGUAAUGUCCAGGUGACAGAAAAUGAAAAGGUAUCAACAGUAAAAGUGCUGGUAUCCGAGCGUUUAAACAUCCCUCCCAGUCAGCAGAGACUGCUGUAUAAAGGAAAAGCACUUGCAGAUGAACACCGGUUGAGUGAUUACUGCAUCGGCCCGGAGGCCAAGCUGAAUCUGGUGGUGCGUCCGGCGGGCGAGAGGAGCGGUGCGGUGGGAAACAGCAGCGGUAGUCCUGAUAAAGCGGGCAGUGGUGUGUGGCAGUUAUUGUCAACUGUCCUGGCCAAACAUUUCAGCCCAGCCGAUGCAGCCAAAGUGCAGGAGCAGCUUAUUAAGGAUUAUGAACGCUCGCUCAGACAGCUGAGUCUGGAUGACAUUGAGCGUCUGGCCAGUCGUCUGCUGCAUCCAGAGACAGAGGGCAUGGAUACCUCAUACAUGGACUGAAACACUAAACUGAUGGAAACGGACCAGUCAGGGAGUGGGAUGUAUUUCAUAUGGACUUUUAGGGGCCUCUCUGAUCUUCAAGAGGCCACAAUGCUUACCGUUGCUUUCCCAUCAGAGGAAACCAGAGGUGCUUUUAGUGCAACUUUGUAAAUAUUGUGUGCAAAUUAUUAAAGUACAAUAAA